AUACUUCUCUUAAAACAACACUGUUUUACAACUCUUUCCCAAUCCAUACCUUUCAAUUGUUUUUAUUUUUUACUAUGCUCGUAUUUCGCUCUUGAUCCACCGCUGUCUUCUUCAGAUCCUUGGAUUUUCCCGUUGGGAUUCUCAUUUCUCGACUGAAAGCUUGCGCGUGUUGUGGUGCUGAUUUCGGGGUAAUCAUCUUAUUAUCUUGAAGAUGAAGAAUUUCCUGUCUUUUUGGUGGGAUUAAGCUUUCAGCUCUCAUAUGUACCUGAAGAAGGCGUUUUGGAGCGAGGCCGUGAAGGCGGACGCGGAACAGCAGUCGCCGGUUGUGGAGCUGGUGAAAUCGCUGGACAAGCAGCGGCUGUAUCGCGAGGUCACCCUCGCCCUCCGCACCGGCUUACGCGAGGCACGAGCAGAGUUCUCCUUCCUCCGAAUCCGCGGACUCCGCAGCAUUCUCAAGUUCCUCCGAUCCCUUGCUCAAUCCGAUGACACCAUCAAUCUCUUUUGCCACUCCCAAUCCAUUCCCGCACUCCAAGUGGUGCCAGUUCUGUUUCAACACAGUCUUAAAGACGUUGAGGACCAGUCGGUAACUAAUUUGGAUCACAUAUUCUCUGUGGAACCUAUGAAGAUUAGCAGCCCGGCUACGGAUGCUGAAGUGGCUGUUGCACUACGAGUUCUUGAAGGCUGUUGUCUUCUUCAUCGUGAGAGUACAAUCUUGGCUCAUCAACACAAGGCAAUUACGGUUCUGAUGAAUAUCUUGUCAACUCGUGGAGUAGUUGAGCAAGGUGCAUGCCUCGACGCUUUGGUUGCAAUCAUGCUAGAUUCGUCUUCCAAUCAAAUGGAUUUUGAAGCAUGCAAUGGCAUAGAGGAAGUUGCUCUUCUUAUAAAAGAUACACAGGUAGAGGAAAAUCUAAGGUUGAAAUGCGGUGAGUUUCUGUUGCUACUUAUCGGGCAUGUCAACGGACGGGAGACACCCCCGAUGAUGACUAUACACGACGAAAUAAGGCAAUACCUAGGCGAAAAAUCCGCCUCCUUAAUAUGGGCGGCAAGUCAGUUUGGAUCAACUCUGGAUCCGGAGCAAAGAUUGACAGCUUUGCAAAUUCAAGCCCGAAGGGUGCUCGAGUCAAUCGAUCUUUAUUGAGCAGAAAACUCAAAAAAUGGAGAGGUUUUUUUACAUUAUUGUACAGAAGAUUUACAUCAAACAUGUUCCAAUCAAUCUCAUUUGUACUGUUAGAUUA